AUAAGAGUUACCAAAUGAUAACAAUAUUAUCGUAUGUUUAUCAACAUAUAUGGACUUUGUACUUGCUUUACCGCUGAUUUAUGUUAAUUCAACUUGAGUGGGAAGUUAGUAUUUUUGCACCUGUACACGUCAUUUACCGGCCGGCUUUAGAAACGAUAAGAAGAAAUUGAAGAUGAAUAAAAUUUUCGUUUUGACUCGGAAAUUUUCGAUUUCUACUUCUCAGAAUGCGAUUAAAACAGUUACAGUGAUCGGCGGGGGCCUUAUGGGCUCAGGAAUCGCUCAGGUAACAGCGCAGGCUGGCCAGACUGUGACCAUAGUAGAUUUAGAGCCGGAAAUACUCAAUAAAGCCCAGAAAAGUAUCCAAGCCAACUUAGGCAGGGUAGCCAAGAAACUGUACAAAGAUGAUCCAGGUAAAAUUGAAGGUUUCGUCAAAGAAUCCCUGGACAGGAUCAAAAUAUCCACGAAAGUUGAAGACAGUGUGAAUUCGGACUUGAUUAUCGAAGCCAUUGUUGAAAAACUGGACAUAAAGCAGGAGCUAUUCAACAAACUUGACAAAUUAGCACCUGAGCACACAAUUCUAGCCACUAACACUUCAUCAAUAUCAGUGAACGCUAUCGGCUCGGGCAUCAAAAGGAAAGAUAAGUUCGGAGGCCUCCAUUUCUUCAAUCCAGUACCAGUGAUGCGACUCUUGGAGGUUAUAAAAAGCGAUCACAUAUCCGAGGACACUUACCAGACCAUGAUGGAGUGGGGCAAGUCUGUGGGCAAGACUUGCAUCACUUGUAAGGACACUCCAGGAUUCGUUGUCAACAGGCUCUUAGCUCCGUACAGUGCUGAAGCGCUGAGGAUGUACGAAAGAGGCGACGCGACCAAGGAGGACAUUGAUAUAGGUCUAAAGUUAGGCGCAGGGUUUCCUAUGGGUCCAUUUGAGUUGGCCGAUUACACGGGUCUGGACACGAACAAGUUCGUCUUGCAAGUGAUGCACGAGAUGACCAAGCAUCCGGUGUUCGAACCCAUCCCGCUCUUGGAUAAGAUGGUAGCCGAAGGAAAGCUUGGCAUCAAAACCGGCGAGGGAUGGUACAAAUAUAAGAAAUAGAUUAAUACAUCACCGAUUAGCGGUAGGCAGCGGCUUGGCUCUGCCCCUGGCAUAGCUGAAGUCCAUGGGUGACGGUAACCACUCACUAUCAGGUGGGCCGUAUGCUCGUCUGCCUACAAGGGCAAUAAAAAAAAAAUCAACACCCAACGGGUACGUUACCUCGAAAAUUCCUUGACCUCGAUUCAAUCGAGGUCGCGUUAUUGAUCACAUCUUUACAAUCAAUAUUCUAAAUACUAUUAGUGCUGCUAGAACUCGAUUGAUGUAAAAUACAGGAGAUAUUAUACCGAUUUCUCUACGUUCGGUUGAGUGGCAUCGAAAAAGUUUGAGUGUUAAGUCCUGAACAUUAAAAUCUCGAAGUCGGCUGAAGGUCAGCUUGAGCAAGGCCUGUCUCCAUAGAGUCAAACGAUUAUACAGAUCAUGUCGAGGGCUGAAAGGCUAUUAAAGGAAGAUUUACGCGACAUUUUUGCAACUUUACACAAGAGCUAUUUAAAGUUUAAGCCACGUCCUUACGGAUCCAUCAGCUCCAAUAGUUCUAGCAUUAGACGCCUUCAG